AUGAUGCCGGAUGAUACUCCACCCACUCCGGGAGUUGUUAAAUGCGUGGCCUGCGAUAAGAAGGGAUCCGGCAACUUUGUCCAGUGCGACAAAUGCAAAUCCUGGUGGCAUUUCGAAUGCGCAGGCGUCGAUGCUUCGGUGAGCGACCGGGAGUGGAAGUGUACUCAGUGCGAAACCGUUCCUAGCGUAUCGGGUAAAAGCAGCAAAUCCAGCCGAAGCAAAUCCUCUGUCGCUGACGAUAUGAAACGGUUGAAGCGACAGCAGGAGAUUGAGCGGAAGCAGGUCGAGCUGGAUAUGAAGAGGAGGUUCCUGCAACAGGAGCAGGAAUUGCUGAACAAGGCAAAAGUAGCUGACGAAACCAGAAGCCAGAACUCCCGGAUUAGUCAACGAGGACGCGAUCAUCGUGUGCAACAGUGGUUGAACAAGACCCCUAAUGGUGAUGAAGAAGGCGCGGUAGGUGGAGAACCAUUACCAGCUGCCUCGCACACCAAAACCAGCGGUCAACAACUACCCCCCGGCACCGGCGAUCAGCAGACAGACCCAAAGACGACGAAGUCCGGCAACCAAUUGCAAACCCGCGAAACACGCGAUGAAGUGACCGAAUUGCGAGCGCAGCUGGCGCUCUGUAUGCAGCGAAUGGACCAGGUUAUUAGCCAGCAGUCGGCGAACCAGGUACCACAACAGCCCCCGAUGAGUGUGCCCAUGUCUACAGGUGCCAUUCCUAAAACAUAUCCUAACCAUGAACAGUUAAGUAGACAUCAAGCACCUCUACCCGCUGGAAAUAAAGGCAGAUCCAGCUUGUUUGACAGGAUAAGUCCUCCCACAACCAAACAAUACAAUCGCUUCUCAUCUUUGUGUGAACCACCCAGAAACUCGCUCCCAAGCUUCUACGACUGGCCCCCUAUGGGAAACAAUCCUCCUCCAAACCCUCAACCUUUCCCCCCAAGGCACUCUCAAGCUUCCGCAAUAGCCUCGCAACCAGGUCCAACAUCGCAACAACUCGUAGCUCGGCAGUCUCUGGCUAGGGAUUUGCCAACAUUCACCGGGGAUCCAGCAGAAUGGCCGAUAUUCAUCUCCAGCUACAACUACACGACCGAAGCGUGUGGCUAUACGGAUGGCGAAAAUAUGGUCAGGCUGCAGCGUUGCCUGAAAGGCAGUGCGCUCGAAAGCGUAAGAAGUCGGCUCGUGAUACCCCGUACGGUCCCGCAGGUCAUCGAGACACUGCAAAUGCGAUAUGGACGUCCGGAAAUCCUCAUAAAUGCUUUGCUCCAGAAAGUUCGGUCAAUUCCAGCCCCGAGAUCGGACCGGCUUGAGGGACUCAUCGAUUACGGGACUGCGAUUCAAGCACUGUGCGACCACAUCGUAGCAGCGAACGAGCUGACUCACCUGUCGAACCCUACACUGCUCCAAGAACUAGUAGCCAAGCUUCCGGCCGACCAGAAGAUGAUGUGGGCAGGGUACAGACGUGGCGUUGGCAACGUAGACCUGACAACGUUCUGUGCUUACAUGCAGCAAGUGGUCGAGGAUGCCACGAGCGUGCAUUCGUUUGAGUCAGACGUAAGAAGGACGCAAGGAAGGGAGCAGGGAAAGGACAAAGUGAAGCAGAAAGGUUACGUCCAUCAACAUGCGUUUGGAACUUCCGGCUUAUCCGAAGCAGCUGAGCAAAAGCCGGCCGACAAGUUUCAAUGCGCAAACUGCAGCAAGCAAGGACAUCGCAUUAAGGACUGCGGAGAGUUUAGGACUCUCAGCAUCGAUAAUCGUUGGCGAAGAAUUCGUUCGUUGGGUGUCUGCCAAAACUGCCUUUUCAGGCAUGGCCGACGUUCCUGCCGAACUGUUACACGUUGCGGUAUCAACGGAUGCCAGUACCGACAUCAUCCACUUCUGCACUCUUCGCCCAGGCCAUCGGAUUCAGAUGCUGUCACACAGGUAGCUGACAACCACACUCAUCGUCUGCAGAGUUCGAGUGUUCUCUUCAGGAUUGUUCCGGUUACUCUCUACGGGAACAACGGCCAGGUGAAUACCUUCGCCUUUCUUGAUGAAGGAUCUUCUCUAACGCUGGUCGAAGGAAAAUUGGUGAAGGAGUUAGGAAUAUCCGGCAGCCCACAGCCGCUCUGUCUGCGAUGGACGGCGAACACCUCUCGGACCGAGAAAUCUUCAAUGAGUGUGUCCAUAUCCAUCUCCGGAGAAGGCAAGGGAAGGAAGCACCAUAUCGUUGGAGCGCGAACGGUUGAGAGCUUGAAUCUACCAACGCAAAGCUUCAAUUUGGAGGAGGCAGUGAAACGCUUCGCAUAUUUGAAGUACUUGCCUCUGCAGAGUUACCAGAAUGCUACGCCUAGGAUUCUGAUUGGAUUGGACCAUCUGUCGUUGGCCCUGCCGUUGAAGAUCAGGGAAGGAGAUGGAUCCGGUCCCGUCGCAGCCAAAACCAGGCUUGGCUGGUGCGUUUACGGUCAGCAGCAACAGCAACAGAGCGCCUACAGUUUCCACAUAUGUGGAUGCACGCAUAAUGAAGAGCUCCACGAAACGUUGAAGCAGUUUUUCACUGUAGAAGAAGUCGGAACAGUCGACCCUUCCCUUUCGACGUCGGAUCAGCGAGCCCAGCAGCUACUGGAGCAAACAACCAAGCGAGUCGGAGACCAUUUCGAGACCGGGCUGUUGUGGGACAACGACUACAUCGAGCUUCCAGACAGCUAUCCCAUGGCGUUGAGCCGAAUGAAGUGUUUGGAGCGUCGUAUGGAGCGAGAUCUGACUCUCAAGGAGAAAGUACACCAGAAGAUACGGGAGUACGUGUCCAAGGAUUACGCGCAUGUAGCGACGGACGAAGAACUGGAGACCGCCGACCCCAGGCGAGUCUGGUAUUUGCCGAUAGGAGCAGUUACGAAUCCACGGAAACCCGACAAGAUCCGCAUCAUCUGGGACGCAGCCGCGUUGGUAGAUGGAACAUCUUUAAACAGCCAUCUACUGAAGGGUCCGGAUCAACUGACGGCGCUGCCUGCCGUUUUGUUCAAAUUCCGGCAAUUCGGGAUAGCGGUGAACGCUGACGUGCAAGAGAUGUUUCAUCAGCUUCGGAUGGCGGCGCGAGAUAAACAGUCGUUACGCUUCCUGUUCCGGUUCGACCCAACGCAGCCUCCCAUAAUCUACGUUAUGGACGUAGCCACGUUCGGAGCGACCUGCUCACCGGCCUCGGCACAGUUCGUGAAGAACUUGAAUGCCAAGGAACAUGCCCAGCAAUACCCUCAGGCUGCGCAGCGGAUAGUCGACAACCACUACGUCGAUGACUAUCUCGACAGCUUCGGGGAUGAAAAGGAAGCGAAGAAGAUUGCAGCAGAGGUGCGUACCAUCCAUCUCCAGGGUGGCUUCGUCUUAAGGAAUUGGAACUCGAACAGCAAAGCAAUACUAGAGUCUCUAGGGGAACCUGGGACCAACGAAGGCAAGAACAUCAACCUGGUCGACAAGCAGCACACUGAGAGGGUUCUCGGAAUGCUAUGGAUGCCAGCGACUGACGAACUCUGCUUCUCGACACACAUGAGCGAGGAGAUACGCGCACUUAUCGAGAGCGGUACUCGUCCAACGAAACGAGAGGUGUUGCGCUGUGUGAUGACACUAUUCGACCCAUUGGGACUGCUAGCAACGUUCCUGAUUCACGGCAAAGUACUCAUCCAGGAGUUGUGGCGCACCGGAAUCAACUGGGACGAGCAAAUCCAGGACACUGAGUUGAAUCGCUGGCGAGAGUGGGUACAGAUGAUCCAGUUAAUUUCAACAAUUCGCAUUCCGAGAUGCUACUUCGAAGAAGCGACGAAUUCCACCUACGAAAACACACAGCUACAUGCGUUCGUCGACGCAAGUCCAGCGGCGUAUUGCUGCGUUGUAUAUCUACGCGUGAUGAACUCCGCUGGUUCCGGAGUGUGUGUAUUGGUUGCAGCGAAGACGAAAGUGGUACCGUUAAAGCCCAUGUCCAUACCCAGGCUCGAACUGCAGGGUUGUGCACUCGGAGCGCGGAUGCUGAAGUUCGUCCAGGAAAACCAUACAAUUCCCAUCACGAAACGCUACUUGUGGACGGACAACACUACGGCGCUUUCCUGGAUCCGGGCGGAUCCACGCAACUAUCGACCGUUCGUUGCCCACAGAGUAGUUGAGAUUCUGGAGACUACCAAUGCGAAGGAGUGGAGAUACGUGCCUUCAGCAUCCAACCCGACCGAUGAAGGGACCAAGUGGGGAAAAGGCCCAUAUUUUAGUACUGAUAGCCACUGGUUCUCGGGACCAGAGUUCCUGCAACAGCCAGAAGACGCAUGGCCGAUUUCACCAGCGAUGCCCAGCGUCGAGACGGAGGAGAUACGAGCUUCUGUCCUGUUCCACCUCGCGUACGAGCCAGUUAUCCAGUUCGAAAGGAUCUCCAAAUGGGAGAGAUUACAUCGCACCGUUGCCUACGUGCUGCGCUUUGUCAACAAUAUCAGCAGAGAGCGUAGCAAAAUGUCCGGUGAAUUUCAACAGGAGGAGUUCCAGGCAGCGGAAGCGGUGAUCAUGCAGCAGGUGCAGUGGCAAUCGUUUCCGGAUGAGAUGGUGAUCCUCACGAAAAAUAAAUCGGUGGCGCGAGGUGACAUGCAGCCGAUUCCGAAAAGCAGCUACUUGUUCAAACUUGUUCCAAGUCUGGACGAAAAUGGAGUCAUGCGGCAGACAGGACGUAUUGGGGCAUCCAAGCAAGCAUCCUACAAUCUGCGAUACCCGGUGAUCCUUCCCAAGAGAAGUGAGAUAACUUCGCUCGUGGUAGAUCUGUUCCACCGGAAGUACAAACACGCGAACUCGGAGACCGUCGUCAACGAGAUUCGCCAGCAGUUUGAAAUUCCUAGUCUGCGAACACUGGUUCGAAGACGCAGGCGUGAUUGUUGGUUCUGCAAACUUCGCCAAGCUCGACCGCACAUCCCUCCGAUGGGUCCACUACAUGCAAGUCGUCUCGAAGCCUUCAGCCGGCCGUUCAGCUUCAGUGGAUUGGACUAUUUCGGACCGGUGUUGGUGAAGCAAGGAAGAGCCAGCGUGAAGAGGUGGGUCGCCCUCUUCACCUGCCUCACGGUACGCGCGGUCCACCUUGAGGUCGUGAAUAGCCUGACGACUUCAUCCUGCAUUUCCGCUGUCAGAAGGUUCAUCGGCCGUCGAGGGGCACCCGUUGAGAUGUUUAGCGACAACGGGACUAACUUCCACGGCGCCGAACGACUACUUCGUCAACAAAUCGCUACGGGGCUCUCCGAAACCUUCACCAGUUCGCAGUGUAAAUGGAGCUUCAUUCCGCCUGGAGCCCCACACAUGGGCGGCGCCUGGGAAAGGAUGGUUCAGUCAGUGAAGGCUGCAAUGGGGGAUGCUUACGGGGAUGGGAAGCUUGAUGAGGAAGGACUUGGGAUUUUAGUUGUGGAGGCAGAGAGUAUGGUUAACUCUAGGCCUCUGACGUACUUGCCGUUAGACUCGGAUGAAACGGAAGCUCUGACACCGAACCAUUUUCUGCUCGGGAGUUCAAGUGGGGCAAAGGUACCGGGUAAAGGCAUACGACAUCAGCAGCGAAAGCUCCAAGAACUAUGGGUGGACAUCCAGGACCAGCUGGACAUCUUCUGGAAACGGUGGCUAAAAGAAUACCUGCCGGUUAUUCGCCGUCAGCCGAAGUGGUUUGAAGAAGCGGCGAAGGAGAUCACGGAAGGCGAUUUGGUUCUCAUCACCGAUGAAGGAAAGCGUAGCGAGUGGAUCAGAGGACGUGUAGAGCGAGCGAUUCGAGGAUCGGAUGGGCGUGUACGACAGGCGAUCAUGCGGACUGCCGGAGGACUCGUGCACAGACCGGUAACGAAGAUAGCCUUGCUGGACGUCAAAAAGGACCGUGCAGUCUUGGCCGAUGGCAAGAAGCACCCGGCGGAGGAUGUUGCCGCAAGUCUACCGAUCUACUACAUCCACGAUGAAUCUGGUCACCCGGUAUCUGAAAGCGACGCUUCAACGGAAACGUUACCCGCUGUCAGGGAGAAUGAUCGUGACGCAGACUCGAUCGAUCUGUCAAUCGACUAG